CCUGAUCACGUGAUUUAAUCACGUGACUUCCAGCAGCGUCCCGAUGCCGAGUGGAUUUUUACACCCGAGAACACAAAACCCACGCUUACUUGAUGCUCAAAAAAUACCUUCGUUUGUUGAUUUUGUAUCAAAAUGGAAGGUUUGCCGGGUGGAGAUCCGCGCUAUCUCAAAAGGAAAGUGAAGGGAUGCACGCUGGAUGUCCACCCAACUGAGAAAGCCAUCGUGGUGCAAUAUGAGGUGGAGGCAAUGAUACUUGGAGAGCAGGGCAAUGCCAUGGUUGGAGGACGCAAAGAGUGUCACAAAAUCAUCCGUCUGAAGAGCUUGAACUCCAAUACGGACACGUCAUCGUUGGCUCGGAAAGUGGUGGAAGAAUGUCAUUUGAUUCACACUUCUAAACUCAACGAAGUUGAACAACUACUCUUCUAUCUCCAAAACCGCAAACAGACAAAUGAUGACCAAGACAAAAAACGUAUCUCCCCAAGAGAUUUUGCACCUUAUGCAGGCGUCGAGCUCAACGAGGAGGCAAGCAUCAACAGCAUCGAUGAAUAUUUGGAGCUGCUGUAUGAGGACAUCCAGGAGAAAAUCAGAGGAGCCACGCUGAUCUUUCAACUGGCCCGCAACCCCGACAAUUUAGAAGAACUCAAACAGAAUGAGAUGGCUCUAUCAGCGUUGGCUCGAGUUCUGAGGGAAGACUGGAAACAGAGCGUGGACCUUGCAACAACCAUCAUCUGCAUCUUCUUCUGCUUCUCCAGUUUUUCCCAGUUCCAUGGACUCGUAACACAGUUCAAGAUCGGAGCCCUGUGUAUGAACAUCAUUGAACAUGAGCUGAAGAGACACGAUCUGUGGCAAGAAGAGCUGCAAAGGAAGAAGAAGGCCUAUGAAGAGUUAUCCGAGAACCAGAAUCUGAAGAAGGAGCAUGAAAAGUGUUUCAAGAAGUAUCAAAGCCUUUUGACCAAACAGGAGCAGCUUCUCAGAGUUUCUCUGUGUCUGCUGUUGAACCUGGCCGAAGACACCCACACUGAACUGAAGAUGAGGAACAAAAACAUAGUCCAGAUGCUUGUGAAGAUUCUUGACAGGAAGGAUGAAGAGCUGCUGCUGGUAGUUGUCUCCUUCCUCAAGAAACUCUCCAUCUUCUUGGAGAACAAGAACGACAUGGCAGAAGUGUUUGCAGUUGAGAAGCUGUCCCAGCUUGUUCCGUGCGAGCACGAGGACCUCCUGAGCACCACAUUACGCCUUCUACUCAACCUUUCCUUUGACACUACUCUACGCAACCAGAUGGUCCAAGCUGGUCUGAUUGCCAAACUCUCUUCACUGCUCGCUGACGAGGGCCAGAGACAACUCAGCAUGUGCAUUCUGUAUCACAUCAGCAUGGAGGACAGGUUCAAGUCCAUGUUUGCCACCACAGACUGCAUUCCACAGCUGAUGAAGAUGAUUUAUGAGUUUGGCGAACACAAGAUGGAUUUUGAGCUCAUCUCGUUGUGCAUCAACUUAGCUGCCAAUAAAAACAAUGCCCAAGUCAUGUGUGAAGGGAAUGGCUUGAAGAUGCUCAUGAAACGGUCCGCGAAACUGAAGGACGUUCUGGUGAUGAAGAUGAUCAGGAAUAUUUCCCAGCAUCAUGGCCCUACUAAAAGCUUAUUCUUGGACCAUGUUGGAGACUUGGCUGCCCAGAUCAGUCAGGAAAAAGCUGAAGAGUAUGUGAUCGAGUGCUUGGGAACUCUGGCAAAUCUUACCAUUCCUGACCUAGACUGGGCCCUGGUUCUUAAAGAGUACAACUUGGUGCCUUACUUGAAAGACAAACUUAAACCAGGUGUGAGGAUGGAGUCAGAGACGAGAAGAGAGAGAAAGAAUCAGGACAGACAGGGGAAGGUGACAGCUUCUGUUUUUGACUUCACAUCAGGUGCUGCUGAGGAUGAUUUAAUCCUGGAAGUGGUCAUCUUGAUCGGCACCGUGUCCAUGGAUGACUCUUGUGCAGCCAUGUUGGCAAAGUCUGGCAUCAUUCCCGCUCUCAUCGAACUGCUCAAUGCCCAGCAGGAGGAUGAUGAAUUUGUCUGCCAGAUUGUCUACGUCUUCUACCAAAUGGUCUUCCACAAAGCUACCAGAGAUGUCAUCAUCAAGGACACGCAGGCCCCAACCUACCUCAUUGAUCUGAUGCACGACAGCAACGCUGAGAUCCGUAAAGUUUGUGACAACACACUCGAUAUCAUCGCUGAGUACGACGAAGAGUGGGGGAAGAGGAUCCAGAAUGAAAAGUUCCGCUGGUACAAUUGUCAGUGGCUGGAGAUGGUAGAGAACCGGCAGAUGGAUGAAACAGGAGAACCUUUACUGUUUGGGGAGGAUGGGGAAUCUUUCAGUGAGAACAGAGACAUCUUGGAGAGACCUGAUCUCCUCUACAGUGCAGAUGGAAUCAUGUCAGCUGAUGGAGCCAUCAGUCCAGACUUCUUUAGCAACUUCCAGAAUGACGAGCUGGGACAAACCUACAUGGGAAGCGUGUCAGAUGAGUUUGUCGGGUCAGCUCACGAUCCAGCAGAUCGCCCCGUCAGCGCUUACGGCUUCCGACCGGACGAGCAGCUGUUCAACUACACCACCUCCUCCCAGCUGACGUGGAACCUGGUCCACACCAACAACGACUCGGGCUUAGGCUGACUGUCCAGAAGAAAUUUGGAGAAAGUGACCCCUCUGAACCUUCAGCUCUUUUUUCAUAACAUGUCCACUCUAGGUGAUGUUUGAAUCUGCAGACACACGAGAAGCAUCUUGCUCAUUUAUUUUCUGGUGUUCCCACCUUCACUUAGGGCACAAUAGAAUAUGAUCGCAUUUAUUUCAAUUAGACAAUUAGUAAUUGUAUUUAUUCCGCUUUAAUGUGGCAAAGCACAGAUAAGCUUGUUGUAUUUGUGAUGAGGUCGAAGUUUGUUAAGACACUGUGACAAGUGUAGAAUGGCAAUGUAGUGGAAUUAUGAUGUCUAUGUGAAUAUAGUUUAGAGCACUGGCAGUAUGUGACAUAACCUUACGUGUUUGACUAUACAUUUAUUGAAUGCUGUAACUUUAGUCCAUGUCACUCCAAAAUUUGCAUGCAGAUGUAGAUUUUGUCUUCACAGGACGCAUAAACACAAACAAUAAAAACACUGCAAUUAAACUAA